AUGACGCCACCGCUUGUGUGUAUUCGAUGCCGACAUGCAGAGCGAGUGAUUUCCGUGCGUGAGGCAUCUUACUGCACACCGUGUUAUGCGCGUGUAUUUGAUGAGAAACUGCGUGCUAAUCUAGAUCACGCCCGUGGCGCAAUCCUCCUGCAUAGUGUCGUGCGUCCUCAUCAGCAGGCGACGGCCGACACGGCAGACUUGCCACACGUCCAAGGAUCCAAUGUCGCGCAGAACAUGCCUACCGCAGAGGCGCCAGCCACACCAGCAUCGGCGCCGGAACCUGCAUAUGCUGUUGCGUGUGACGGCAGCCUCAACAGUCUUGUGCUCGUCCAUACCAUGUACCGGUUGUUGUAUGUACCACAUGCUCGCGCACAUCCUACGCCAGCGCGAGCGCCUGAACGCGCGCGCCUCGAUGUGCUAUAUGUGGCAACGGAUCUAGAGAAGGACGCCGCGCAGGCAUCGUCGUCCGAUGACGUACGCGACCAAGUCGCACGGCUUGCACCUGAUGCCAUUUUCGUGCCAUUAACACUGGGUCAUGCGUACGCGCAAGACGAAGGGGUCUCAUGCCAUGUACAUCCGCCAUGCUUCAUGGACGAUACUGUGCGCCAUGUCGAUGCGCAGGAUGCUGCUGUGCAGCUCUUACGCGCGGUGGGCACCUCGGUCUCACGGCUUGAAAAAAGUGCCGCGCGAACACGCGCAGAGGACAUUCGCCGAAUCCUGUGGCUUCGUGUUCUGCACGACACGGCUCAGUCGCGGCAAUGUGCGGCACUUUUGUUCCCGAAUGAUGCAACGCAAACAGCCGCAUAUGUCCUUGAUGCACUUGCCAAGGGAGCUGGACACAAGCUGCCUGUCGAGGGCGCCGCAUCGUUGUGGAUCCAAGAUGUCCUGCAUUUGCACCCAUUGAGCGUGUAUCUACCGCAUGAGCUGGCAUUUUACGCGCGUCAGCAUCAGUUUGAUAGCGCUUUUUUACCAGACACGCGUCAGGAGAGCGACAUGUCGUACGAGGCACUGAGCAACAAGUCCAGCAUGGGUGCACUGUCGCAGUCGCUCAUCACGGCUCUGCAGCAUGGUGUGUCGAGUACUUCAAAUACUGUCAUUGGCACCGCAAGCAAACUCGUGCUACAAGAUGCAUCGACGCUGUGGCCAACGAAGCCUGACCUCGGUACGUUUGUGUGCCCAGGCAUCGGGGCCAAAGGCGCCACCCUCGUGCGUAGCGUUGAUGCCUUGCCUCACUGGGACUUUAGGCGCAUGCGCUCGUGCCCACUGUGUCGCUUCCCCGCACAAACCGACGCAGUCAAGUGGAAGUCGGAUCGGUCUAUUCGACGUGAGCAACCACGCGUGGCGUCUAUCAACGAAGCGCUGAACUUGAACGCACACCUGUGCUAUGCAUGUCUGCAGGUGCUCGAUAUACCCGCGGGAAGCACGUUUCUUCUGCCUUCUGAUGCACUUUUCUUUGUACGAGCGCCCGGACGUCCUGCGUCCGUCCAAGUUGUUGCAGCCGAGCCAGGUGAUUCUUCUAUGCGCGAUGCUCUCGCGCUGCCACACACACCGCGCUCUUCGCAUGCACCGACGCGUGUGCCUCCUGAGGCCAUGCGCGAGCAGGUCGCGUCUUUCCUUCUGGACAAAGACACCGCAGACUCUACGUAG